AUGGAUCAUGCGGCACGAGAUAUCUCGAGUGAUACAGAAUACUCCUCCGAAGCUUUUAUCGCAACUCUAUUACGUGACAAACCUGAGCAUAAGCACUUGGACGUCUUAACUGAGCUUCUGACGAGGAGUUCCGAAAUCGAUGAGCGUGUUGCUUCAUCUAUCAGUGCCGCUUGGCACUGGAUAUGUCAGAAUGAUCUUUGGUCUACGAGAUAUGAGAGCCUCAGCGAGUACCGAAAGGCUAUCGGAUAUACCGAAACUGUACGACCAAUAGUACAGCGACAUAAGAAAUCGGAGCUAGCAAAACGAUCAAGUAUCCAAACAAUCUUUCGCUACUGGAAGGUCCCCUAUGACAAGGCUCUUCCGAUAAAUACUCGCCCCUUAACCUGGAGCAAACAUUUACUUUCAUUGAUAGCCUGCUUGAGCAAGCACCGGGGUCAUUUGGAGUCUGUCUCACUUCUCGAAGAAAGUAUGAAAAACAGACCAGAACGCGGACGCACUAGGAAUCGCCUCAUGGCAAGUGAUGUCCAACGGGCAUUGGAGACUUUAGGGAUACCACAGACACGCUUGGCAACACGCGAAUCAUUUCAAGCAAAAAAAUCCCGAACCUCUUCUCGCGCGGCUCAAAGCAAAGGCCCUGAUAGUGGGGCUGAUGUUGGCUCCACGCCUUCCACCAUCCAUCCAGAAGCGUUGUCCCUCCCCGACACACCGCUGUCGUUGGGAGUUUCGCCUGAGCAACCAUUACAAACCAACAAAGAGCCAGAUGAGUGGCAAUGCUGUGGAUGUAUUCCAAUAUGCUUGCCACUCAUCGCCCUAAUAUCUACUCCCGAAGCGAAGUUUGAUAAGAAGCUUCUGACGGCAUUGGUGGACUGGGCAUAUACAAUGUCGUGGGGUAGCUUCUGCUCCGACCACCUAAUGCGACUCGCCCAGUUUAUCCCCGGAGAGGAUCCGUGCGAUAGAAAUAGAACAAAAGCAAUUCAGGAUCUGGAAGCCUUCUGCUGGCGUGAAUGCUAUAGUUCUAUCGGCGAUCAACCCUCUACCUCCGCUCCCAUCCUUUGUUCCAAUACAGAGCUGCUAUGUCGUUAUACUGGGUCUGCCGAUGCUUGGUGGCGUUGGCAAAGGGAUGGAUUUCUCCAUAUUCCCGGCUUCUUCUCCUACAUGGAAGAGCUUGGUGUGUUCAAACGGAUCCGAAAGUACCUCAACAGAAACGCCGCUCAAGAAUAUACCAAUUUGAUCGAUCAAAACACGAUUCAGCGGUGCUACGGGAUGCUAUCUGAAAUGGUACAACGGGAUCCGGCAUAUUAUGCUGUUCUCGUCGCAUGCAGACCGGACCAAAAUUCGAAACUCAUUCAUCGCCCAGCCGAAUAUCAACAACACACUGUUUUUCAAACCGACGAUAUAGGGUUCGGUGUCCCAAUCGACCGUAUUAAGUCACUGGUUCAAGGGGAAGGAACAAGCGACAUCCAAAGCACUGUCGUCUUCCCGACAUAUGAGACUGCACAUAAGAUCCGACUGGUUCCAGGGUUCCAUCGCCAGCUGAACUCAUGGCUGCAGAGUUCAUUAGAAUUAAAGUGUGGAAAUGGAUACAAAGUAUUUGGUGAGGCCCAGGAGAUUGUGGUACAGCCAGGAGAUUUAGUUAUGUGUCUCCCGCAAAUUCUCCGAUGGCCAAAGACCUUCUCAUCCUCGAACCUUCUCAACCUGUCACAGGUCGGACUGGAAAGCAGCUUCACUACAACUCCCGAAGGACCCAGUGAGAGGUACGAUACAUAUUGUUCCAAUGCCUGGGAACAUCCAGAACCGCAGUUUUACGAUGCCAAACAAACAGCGAACGAAUAUCAUGCGGCAAAAGCGGGCCGUACCGAGGACAGCUGGUGUGAUGUUUCCAGUGCUAUAGGCCAGGCAUUGGCUGGCCAUCUGGAUUGGAGUAACGAGAGAGUGAGCGAAGAAAUUAAUUGCAUUCUUGGUUCCCAUGGAGCGACAGCAGUCGAAUCUGUCGCCGAGUCACGGGCGCAGUUGGCAAGACAGUUCCACAAGCUGUGUGAUUCACUUGAGCGAGAUGCAGAACUGGACUCUGCUUGCGGGAUAGACAUGUGUGAGGAGCAACCCAACGAACCGGAAUUCUUCCAAGACCAACUUGAAUACCUUGAGACCCCGGAGUCAUUUAUAGAUCCUUUAGCGCCAAUGUCGCCUACAUGGAAUACUCCCUCACUAGAUGAUAUGGUCGCAGACUUGGAUCAUACUUUUUCCCAACAGCUUAUGUCUUUCGAUUUGCCUUGA